UAGCAACAGCGCCGGCAGCCUGCUGUGCACAGUUCCGCGUGUAGCGUCACAGUCAGCUGGUGUCUCCGGCGUGUAGGUUAUGAUAAAUAGUAGCGGCGGGCGCCCUGCGUCUGUGACAGCACCGCACCAUGCCGCAGUCCGCAGACGCCGACCCUGGCUCCGUUGGCGCCCUGUCAGACAGUGGGAAUGACUUGAACGAAGCCACGACAUGCUCUGUAAUCACGAGGCACAUGAAGGAGUACGCCAAGGACUUCUGCAGUACGAAGACUCUGAAGAGAAGAUUUCCCGUGAUCGAGUGGUUGCCUCGCUACAGCUGGAACUACCUGUUACACGACAUACUGGCCGGUUUCACUGUGGGGCUCACUGCCAUUCCGCAGGGAAUUGCCUACGCUGUCGUAGCUGGUCUUGAGCCACAGUAUGGUCUGUAUGCUGGCAUCAUGGGGGCCUUUUUGUACAUUCCCUUUGGAAGCUGCCACAAUCUCGUCAUUGGGCCGACUGCUAUCCUCGCGCUUAUGGUGCAGAGCUCAGUGUCCAACUACGGUCCUGACAUAGCUAUCCUCCUUACUUUCCUGACUGGCUGCAUCAUUGCCCUUUUGGGACUUUUACAUUUAGGCUUCCUUGUGGACUUCAUAUCCGUACCAGUAACUUCAGCCUUUACAUCGGCUGCUGCUCUCAACAUAGCUUCGUCUCAGCUGAAAGGCCUCCUGGGUAUUGGAGGAAAAUCUGAUAGCUUUCUUGAGUCGUGGAUAAAUGUUGUCAACAACAUUGAGCAGACUCAGCUGUGGGACGUUGUACUCGGCGUAUCAACCAUAAUCGUACUAGUCUUUCUACAGAAAAUAAAUGAAUUUGACAAAAAGCGAGAUCUGUCUGGUAGUGGUACAGCAAGAAAGGCAUUUAGUAAGGCACUGUGGUUCCUAUCACUUGGUCGCAAUGCAAUUGUUGCUGUGAUUGGAACUGGCUUAGGCUAUGCCCUUUUCAAAGAUGGAGAAGCCCCUUUUAAGCUAACAGGUGACAUUGGACAAGGCUUACCCCCAUUUGAGCUUCCGCCUUUUUCAACAAACUUCAACAACAACACUUACAAUUUCUCACAAAUGACAGAAGCACUUGGUCCAACAAUUGCAACCCUUCCUGUUGUAUCUAUCUUGGAAACUGUUGCCAUUGCUAAGGCAUUCUCGAAAGGUAAAGCAUUUGAUGCCACACAAGAGUUACUUGCCUUGGGGAUCUGCAAUAUUGCUGGUGGAUUUGUUAGAAGCAUGCCAAUAACCGGAUCUUUCACUCGUACAGCUGUAAACAAUGCCUCAGGAGUAAAGACAACAUUGGGAGCACUUUUCACAGGAAUUUUGAUUCUCUUGGCACUGAGCUUCCUGACAUCUACAUUCUACUUCAUACCUAAAGCAACAUUAGCUGGAAUCAUCAUCACAGCAAUGUAUUUCAUGAUAGAUGUUGCAAUAUUAAGCUUGUUAUGGAAAACAAAGAAGCUGGAUCUUAUACCCUACAUUGUCACAUUUUUUUGCUGCAUAUUCCUUGGUCUGGAAAUGGGAAUUGGAAUUGGAGUUGGAGUUAACUUACUGUUCCUGUUGUAUGAUUCAGCUCGGCCCCGGUUAUUAGUAGAUGAAAUAAAUGUCUGUGAUCAGAAGGUGCUCCUGCUGUCACCACAGCAGAACUUGAGGUUUCCUUCUGCAGAACACAUCCGUGAAGUUGUUGUAAACAUCUGUGCAGAAUCUCCUCCAUCAUCUGUUGUGCUCAAUGGUAGUUUAGUGGGGCAGAUUGACGCAACUGUUGCCAAGGUGUUAAAAUUACUUUGUCAAGAUCUGAAGAAUCGAAAUGUGAGCUUUUAUCUAUGGAGGUGGAACAGGCAGACAGAGAAAUCAUUCCUAGGUAUAGAUAUGAAAAUGGGGUCAUAUUUCACCCAUGCAGACACACUUGAGGAUAUAUUCAAAGUUUCAGACAAAGCAAAUGAAAAGGGGGAGACAGUGACAGAGCAUCCAGCAAAUUCUGGUGAACCAUAGAAGUUAUUAGUGAAUACCAGAUUCCCUACAUUGGCACUAUAGCAACCUAAUCAGAAGAGAUGGAGAAGAAGCAAAACUGAGUUUGAGUGUAUCUUGACUGAAUAGAACAGUUUAUACAUGAACCAGUUUUACAUGCAAUUGAGGUCUGGGGGAAGAUGGUGCCAUCUUUGAGAAGUAAACAUCCUAGCAUUUUGGGAUUGGCUGACUUUAACACAGACUGGGAUGUAUCACUGAUUAGUUGAAUAAGAACUGCAGAAAGUUUCUGCAAUAUUUUUGCUCAGUAAAAUGUUCCUUAAAUGUGAGACUUUGUAACAUGGCUUUCAGUAUUAAAUGUGGAGACUGAUAGUGAAA